GGAGAGCCAUUUGUAUUUUUAUCACAUCUACACCAUGCCAUAAAAAUCGUGAAUUCGUCGAAGCUUGAAAGAAAAUUGAUGAAAAAAAGCGAGUGAGAAGGAGAAAAAACAGUGGAGCUAUAAAUAAAGUGACUCGUUUGUAAUUUGAAAAAAGGAAGGAAGAGCAGUGUAUGUUAGGGAAAAUUAUUAUUGAGAAUAUAUAGGCAUGUUUUAUUAGGUGUGCAACUGAAUUUCAAUGCAAAUUUAGAUGCACAUCUGAUAGAGAAGAAUCCCUAUAAUAAAAUAGUGCAAAAACGAAAAUAGGAGAAACGAAGCAUCAUAAUGAAGAAGGAGAGACAAAGAUGUAUUCUGAUAAAAUGACUAUUGUGUGAUAAGGAGUGAUAUUCAAUCGUGGUGUGAAAGAUUGUUCUACAGUGACAGUGGAUUCUUCAGGAGUUUGGCGAGGGCAAGGAAGAGCACAAGACGAUUUCUCAUCUUGUGCUGAAGGGCGACGACAAAGGAGGUCGAAAGUCGUGCGGAGGCAAAGAAGACGAAGGGAUUCAAGCAGACGAGAAGAGACAGAGAGAGCACUUUAUGCUUCGCUAGAUAAAUCCCUUCGAAAUUUCUCUUUAUUUUCGCAUUUUCCCUUUUUUUCGCCAUACUCGAAGAAAGAAACCAUAAGCGAAAAGAACAAAUAGUCAAAAGAAAAGGAAAGAAUUUUUCCCCUUGAGCCCUUCGACGCAGGAAGAGAAGACAUAAGGAAGGAUGUCGUCUCCGAGUGCGGGAAAGCGUCGCAUGGACACAGAUGUGAUUAAAUUAAUCGAGAGUAAGCACGAAGUGACGAUUUUAGGCGGACUCAAUGAAUUUUGCGUGAAAUUCUUCGGACCACGAGGAACUCCUUAUGAGGGAGGCGUGUGGAAGGUGCGCGUCCAUCUGCCUGAGCACUAUCCUUUCAAGUCACCGAGCAUCGGGUUCAUGAACAAAGUGUAUCAUCCCAAUAUUGACGAGGUGUCUGGAACGGUGUGCUUAGAUGUCAUCAAUCAAGCGUGGACUGCUCUUUAUGAUCUGAGCAACAUUUUCGAAUCCUUUCUGCCGCAGCUACUCACAUAUCCGAAUCCUGUGGAUCCUCUCAACGGAGAUGCGGCCGCCAUGUAUCUUCACAAGCCGGAGGAGUAUAAAAAGAAAGUAUCAGAUUACGUGAAGAGAUUCGCCACAGAAGAAGCUCUCCGUGACCAGGAGCAUGUGGAGAGUUCCGACAGUGAAUCGAGUAUGUCUGAAUUUAGUGAGGAUGAGGCGCAAGACAUGGAGUUAUAACAGCGACUUUCUGUGCACACGAUUAAUUAUUACUAUGAUAAUAUUAAAUAUAAAAUUAAUAAUAUUUAUAUGAUGGAAAUUGACAAAAAUCAUAAUAUACUGUUGAUAUAUUGAAGAAAAAGUGUACCCAAGAAGCGAUUGCAAACGGAAAGAGACGCGUUUUGAGAUGGCGGAGGAAGAGAGGAAGAAAUAGAGAGAGAGAGAGGAGAGAGAAGGAAACAUUAACGAUUAUUAUGAGAAAAUGAAAACUACAAUUAACUUAACGUAGUGUCUAUAUUAAUGGAUUACACAAGAAUGAUGAUGAAUAGUGAGAAAUAAACAUUUUUGAAGUGUAAUAUAUUUAAUAUUUGACGAUCAUUGAGUAAUUUUUUUUAUUCACAACCUCUUUUUAAUUAUCUAUACAUUAUAUUUCUGUUGCUAUUGAAUAGAAAUUGAAUAUUUUUGUGUUGACUCGUUCGAUAGACGAAAACUUAAUUUUCACGAUGUUUUUUUCUUGUUUUCUUUGUCUUUUCACCAAAACCGUGCCAUUUUCUAAAUGAUGAUAUAAAAAAAAGUUUUAUGAUGAAAAAGAAAAACCCUUGCACAGAUUAAAAAAUAUAUAUAACAAGAACAAUCGUGAAGUUGGCAUUAAAUUUUUCCACACAACAGAGAACAAACAACAAGAAAAAGUGAUUUAAUACAAAAUUAUGAUUUCCCUCCAGAGAUUUUCCGGAUUAUAUAUUGCGAAGAAAGUCAUGAUAAAAAACAAGUUGGAAGAAAAAUAAAAAUUUUAGUAAUAGAAAUGAAGAUUUUAGAGAGAAAAAAAACCAUCGCGGGAAAAUGUUUAUAUUUUUGAGAUAUAAAGAAGAGGAAGAAGAAGAAGAAAAAAAGAGAAGAUAAAGAGUAAAAUGAAGAUAAGCUGAUUAAUGAACAUAUAAUACAACUUUUUUGUGAUGUUUGACUAAGAGUUUUAAAAGUAAUUAAAUGUAGAGAUUCGAUGAUGAAAGUAAAGUUAAAAAUAUUGAU